CAAGCUCGAAACAAAGCUCGACCUCCUGGGGCAACGCGCGUAACGCAAAGUAGGGUUCCGGCCAAUCGACUAAGCAGCGGCAACGUCUACGGCCCCGCCCGGCCUGACAAUGGAACUUGGAAGCAGAUUUCCCAGCAGACUGGACAAAUUGCGCUUGUCUGCAGCGCCCACUCUUAGAAAGCAUUCAAGAAGGGAUCACCUUGUCUCAAUGUAUGCUUCCUAGACCUCUCCACCUCAUCCACACUCGCCCAAGGCUCCUUGCGCUUCCUUUGCAAAGCCGGCGACGGGCGUUCCAUUCGAUUAGAAAGUUGCAUAGCGACCGCAGAAAGUCUAGUAGAGGAACAAGUCAAGCAAGCGUGAGCUGAAUGUUGCUGCUUCAGCUCUGUUGGCGGCGCUUUCGCUUCAAAAAUCUGGUGACCCUUGAUUCCAUCACUGGUUAGAUCUCUGAGCAAGGAUAUCGGGCAAGAGCGCGCUUGACAUCAGACGGAUAGUAAGGGAUGAGGCACUGAGGUGGUUUCGCUAUUCAUGGCUACCACCGCGUGCUUUGUAAUUGUUGGGAAGAACGACAGCCCUAUCUAUGAGAGUGAGGUCGGAAGUGGGCCCAGGAAAGAUGAGGCGGCGCACUUGCACCAGUUCGUGCUUCACGCAUCAAUGGACAUAGUUCAAGAUGUGGUCUGGACUACUCAGAACAUGUAUCUGAAGGUCGUGGACAAGUUCGGCGACCUGUUUGUGUCGACCUAUGUCACGGCGGGGCAGGCAAAGCUGAUGCUGCUGCACGACCUCAAGAGCGAGGACGGGAUCAAAAACUUCUUUCAAGAAGUGCACGAGUUGUACAUCAAGAUCUUACUGAACCCCCUCUACGUCCCUGGGUCAAAGAUCACCUCCCCUCAGUUCGACGCCCGCGUCCGCAUGUUGGCAAAGAAGUACCUGUAGCGAUCAAUGCAGCUCUGCUGCCACCAGCUUGGCACAUACCAAAGUCGUCUUUCCAAUACGUCGAGUAUCAUGGAAACAAUGUCAACAGGGAUCUGGCAUCCGGCCAGACAUUAUCAAGCGCACUGAUGCACCUUCCCACCCCAACAAUGAUGCCGUCCUAGGUGGAAAAGCAAAGCUGUCGGAGCCUCGGAUCUAUAGUCGACUGAUUGGUUGCCAAGUUGACAAUCAAAUUCUUCAGCAUGCG